AGAAAACACGAAAAAAAAAAAAUUACGAAAAGAAAUUAAAAAGAGAUCUUUUCGUUUAUAAAUAAACAAAGAGCCUGUUGUAGAAGGCAACUGUAAUCUCUGAAUGAUCUACGACGCGAUCAAAAGUCGUAACCGAGGUAGAACCGAUAGAAUAAAAAGUUAUAACAAUAGUAAUAAUAAUAUAAGUCAAGAUAAUCGUCCUUGUAAUCCUCGUCUUGGGACGAGAUCAUCCACCUCGUUGUGUUUAAAUUCUUCGUCAAGGCUUUCCUUCUCCUAUUUUUUAUCAUCAUCUUCAUCGUCAUCGUCACUGUUGUCGAAAUCAUCGUCCUUGAGGAACAACGGGAUCGUUUCAACGAUCGAUGCGGCAUAGACAAACCGGGGCCGUACUCGCGAGCUUCGAGAAACCUGGGGUACGGCCCCGAUCGAGCUGACUAUUGGGGGAAUUUGUCCCUCGAGGAGGAGGGGAAGGAAGAAAAAAGGUCAAAGGAGAAAAGCAACACAACUGUCACGUAGUUUAUGGGAGAGGACCAAAAGGGAAAAAGGUACCUGCUGCUGCUGUUGCUUUUGUUGCUGUUGCUGCUUUUCCUCUAGGAGAACCUUUCGGAAAUCAUUGUUAAAGGAAAAGCACGCAUGCUUCGAACUAAUCGAAAUCGGUGAGGAUACCUGAAAAUAGGAAAAAAGAACGAGAGGAAGAAGAAGACUUUUAGUAUUCAUUUUGAUCUCUACCUGGACGGCAUAAAGAUGCUCUACGUGUUUCAUGUGGAUACCGGCACCACCAUCACUUUUAAUAUCAACCAAACCAUGGAAACUGUCUCUUCUUUGAAGGAGGCAAUUGAGAGGGAAUGUGGGGUUAUGGCGUGCCAUCAGGUGCUCCUGAUGAGCGGAGGUGAUAGUUUAGAACCAAAUGCCCUUGUGGGUACUUAUUCAGUUGGAACCGAUACAAAUCCGAUUUAUUUAUUCAGUAAGGCUAUGAUCGAGAGCAACGUUCAACCAACACCAAGCAUAGACUACGGUUGUGAUGUCGAUCUUCAGCAGCAAAUCGAAGUAUCUAUGGGAAUGCCACCUUCUCAAGGUACUGUCACUGCACGUGCUCAACUUGCACAACAUUGUUGCGCAUUGGCACGCGAACAAACGAGAAUUUGUGAGAAAUUGGUUCACGAUCAACAUCUCCAGCAACAGGGUUGGUUUGCGGUUGUUGCCAAUCUUGAGGAUAUUACAAAAAUGUUUCAAACAAGAGCCGAAAUAUUGCAACAAAGUUUCGAUGUUUACCUUGCCGAGAGGCAACAACAUAUGCAGCUUCUUAAUAACUUCCAACAAGAUUUGGAAACUUUGGCAAAAAUUCCAAUAUUACCUGCGUUAAGGGCUCACGCGGAAGGUCUUUUGAGUCCGGAAGAUCAAGAAGACAACUUGGAACAGCAGUUGGAGAAGAAUGAGGAAGUUUUGAGUCUGCUUAGAUGGAUUUCCGCGAAGGACAAUCAGAGUAGUUUAGAACAAGUGGCUGAGCAAUGUAGUCGAGGUUUGGAACAAUUCGAUGAAAAGGCAAUGGCUUCGUUAAAGGCUGAAAUAACUACAGCUAUUACGAAUUCGAACAAAACGGACAUGAAAGAAAUAAAGGGUCUUGGUCAGAGGCUUUUUGCUUUGGAAACCUUACUGACAACAGCGAGGAGAUGUGUGGUCGAUCAAAGCGAGCUCUCACAAGGAUUUCUUCAAAAUGAAAAACGCGCAAAGCAUAUCGGUGAUAAGAGUAUUUUACCCGAUCUCUGCAGGUCGCAUCAAAAUCAAUUAGCGGUAAUGCUUAGCAAUCAUAAUCAAAUACGUGACAUUAGGCGCAAGUGUACCAAAGCAAAAGAAGAAUUGUCCGGUAAUAUUCACGUACGUUUAAAAUGGGUAAUGUACGUGGAAAAUAAAAUGAUGGAGGUUGAUAGCAAACUUGUUAUGUAUCACGAAAGUCUGAAACGUUUAAGACGUCAUCUCGAAGUAUUGCAGCAAAUUCACUUGGCACCCCAAAUGUAUAUAAAUGCUGUCGCCGAGGUUGUCAGGAGGCGAACCUUUUCUCAAUCUUUUCUUGUAUGGGCCAGUAAUCUUGCUUGCCAGUUGUUGACCGCCCAUACUGAAGAACUAGCUCGUAGACGCGAGUUUCAUAAUAAAUUUGAAGGUCAUUUCUUGAACACGCUAUUUCCUGGUUUAGAUGACACCCCACCGCCUUUUGCAACCGAAGCACCUUCGGUUUUUGACAACGCAUUACCAAAGUUAACUGCGAGCGAUAUGGAGUCCCUUAGAUCACAAUUACCUGAUAUAGCACUUAGUAUCUCUAUGCCAGAUUUAAACAGUAUAACGGAAUUCUUUUUAUCUAAAAAUUUGACUGAAGCAAGCACGGAAGGGAACCAAGAGAAAAAAAUUAUGUCGACUCGCGUAGAGGAUUCUUCUAAAGAGCAAGACCGUAUUAGAGCACCUGCGCUGGGUGACAGAGGUGGAUUUGAGUCGGAAACGGAUACGGAAGAGUUCGAGAAAAUAGGACAAGGCGCGACAGAUUCUAAACCUAGUUCCUUCGAUGGCACCCAACAGAAAAAGCAGAAACAAUUGGAGGUUGGUGCCUCGCGAAGCGUGUCCCCUGCUUCUUCCAGUUCGACUAACGUCUCACCAUUAAACACGAAGAUCGCAGAUCUAACAAGUCGAUUAUGUACAUCGAACGAACCCAGUUCCUUCCAUUUUCCUAGUCUUACCGUCAGUGAACGACCCACUCAGCUAAGUCCUCUCACCGAGUGCGCGGAAAACGGUGAAUCUUCUUCCAGUCAGUUGCAAAGUGCUGCUGCUGCAAACGGGUACCCAAAGAAUCCUACAAUAACUCCGUCCGUAUCCUCUGACAAGACCGAGGCAUCUAAUUCCUUGAGUCCGAAUCCUCCUACCUUACCUUCUAACUCCGUGGUGUGCGACGGCCAGCAACAGCAACUACAGUCAUUCUCUGGUAGCGGGGCUAGCAGCCCUUCCAUCGGAGUUGGUGCUACUGACUUCGUGGGUACCGAGUUUUACAUGGACGAUUCUUUGCCGAGCAGCCUCAGCGAACCUCCCGUCGACGGGCAUCCGGCUGUCGUUUCCUUUCUUCAGGAAAGUCUUGGGAACGCACGCGAAGAGGUGGAAAGAUUACGUUCGAUUUUGAGGAGUAUGAAAGUGGUCGUAAACGAAGCCUUAACAUCCGUUCGAGAAGAAUUAACAGUUUUACGAAAUCGAUCAGAUUUUGAAAACAGCGGUAUUACAGAAUUAACCGAACGUAUUCGUCAAGCUUUAACAUUGUACUCGAACGAAUACGAUCAUCGUUUGCAAGAACGCGAACAAGAACUAACCGUUAGUCACGAGCUUGAAAUGAGUGAUAUAAAAAAAAUAAUGCAUACCCAAGAUGAAGAGAUACGUAUUGUAAAAGAAAAACUCUUUGAGAAGGAAACCGAAGUAGCGGAACAACAACAUUUGAUUAGUACAAUGCGUCAAAAAAUGGAUACCGAACAAACCGACUUAAGGAAUUUGCAAUCGCGUUAUCAUCAACAAAUGGAUGAGACUUUGGAACAGGCUCGUAUCGACAAGGAAACGGCUGUUGAAAAGGUAAAUGAUGAGAAGUAUGUGAAAAUAGCUUCUCUUACCAAUUCAUUAAAUCAAUGUCAGAAACGUAUAAAAGAACUCGAAGAUAGUUUGAGCUCUGCUCGUGUGGAACAACACAGAAUGGUAAAGGAAGCUACGGAAAAAUUGGAAUUGGAGUAUAAAAAGGAAUUAGAUUCUAUUAGAACACGUUUAAAAUCAACUGCGGGUAAUACUAUGGAAAGGAGUCCUAGUGAUUCCAGUUUGGAAAAGAUAGAGCGACCUGAUUUCAUCAAACUUGUUAAUCACGAAGCUAUAUUAGCAAAAGCAAAAGAAGAAAUGAAAUUAGAAAACACAGCAGCCAUACGUAAUGCAAUUGAAAAAGAACGUGCCGAUUGCGAGGCUAAAUUAGAUCACGAACUUUUAAUGGCCAGGCAAGUGAUAGAAGGUAGGGAAAGAGAGCUCGAGUUUCUAAGACAAAAGUUCACAAAUUUAUCAGACGAAUACGAAUGGCAGAAACGUACGAUUAAACAAUUAGCCAAAUCAAAAAAUGUAUCCAGGCAUGCGCUCAAUGAAAAGGUAGAAAAUUUAGUAGAAGCAGAUAAGAAGAGUCGAGAUCAAAAAGAGAAGGUAGUUCUUUUAAUGGAUUCAUCAUCGCAUAAGGAAUUUGAUCAAGAUUGUUUGGAUAUGAGUCAAAGUAAUUUAGGAGAAGCUAUGAAAAGUUUGGAAAGUGAUAAGGACGAAGCUGAAGCAUCGGAAUCAAAAAAAGUACGUUUGGAAACUGACGAUGAUUAUUCGCGUUUAUCAAGAAGACUCGAAAUUCUUGAAAACGACAAUAAGAGAUUAUCCACGGAAUUAAAAAUGAUAAUGGAAAGUAAAAUAGUCUCAGAUGCUAAGAUCGAAGCAUUGGAAGCCGAUAAGGUUCGUUUGGAAAUUGAAUUAGUUAAGGAACGCAGCAGAAGAGAUUUUGCUGAGUCAUCGUCCUCCACCUCCGAUAUUCGUGAAAAAGAUAUGAACACAUCCGUUGCUAUUGUUUCUGGAUCGUCAUCUUGUCGUGAAUCUACGACCAGUCGAGAUGGUCUCGUACCUUACUUUCACUUGAUCCAACUGUGUCAGAAGAGAAACAUUCCGAAAUUAAUUCAACAGAGACGUAUUACGGUAACCUCGUGUAAUCCCGGUGACACGGUUCUUGUUAUUUAUGAUCCCCUUCAUUGGAGUUAUGCGUUGCUUCAGGAAUCUUCGACACUUUAUUUUGUAAAUUCAGAUUGUCUAGAAUCUCUAGGAUGGACUGUCGAUGGACUUCCGCAAGUAAUCGAAGCUAUCGCUGAAGUUAUCAAUAAGGAAUACUGCAUAGCAAGAAAGUCAACCAAUCGUUAUCGUGUAACCCAAGGCACUAAGUUCUACCAAGUGCGUAUAAAGCCAGUAGAUGAGACUGCUGAGAAAUCUAAAUCUCAGAUGUCGAAAAGAGGCAAUGCAGCAGAAUAAUUUCAAUUUAACGCAUCCUUUGGUCCUCAGUUUUUAAUAAAGCUGUGGUUAUGCAUGAAAUACAACCAGAUGUGGUGCGUUACAUGUUUAAUGAGUAGAAGAAGGAAAGCGAGAUAAUAAAUUCUCCAACUGUAUCUGUGAAAACUCAAAUCAAGAUUUAAAUUUACCAGAGUCUCAAGGAUAUAUCUUCAUCGUUUGUGAACAUAUAGAUACAUAAAUAUAUAUAUAUAUAAACUACACAUGCAAGGAUAAGUGAAUGUGAUAAUAAUAAAAAAAAAAAGCAGGAAGAGAAAAAAGAAAAAAAAAUUAUUAUUAUAACGUGAAUGGAUGCGUGCGUCUCCGCGCAUUGGAGUUUCACUGUGAUAUAAAUAAUUUUUAAAUAAGUGAAACAUAAAUUGCUAAAUGCAGUGGUGGGUGGUGAAUUAGCUAUGAAAUGUCACUACAUUUAAAUAUUCUUCUGUGUCCCUAAACUUAUCCAGUAAUGAAUUAUUUUCUUUUUUAAUUUGUUUGUUUGUUCAAUUUCUUCUUUAUUUCUUUCAUUUAUUUAUCAUCUUCAUAAACAUAAUAAAUAGCAAAAGAAGAAAAAGAAGAAUAAGAAAAAGAAGGAGAAAACAGCAUAUUGUAUGAAUGACAUCAAUAACAAUUUUCUGUAAUUUGACGAUAUAUAGGAAGAAAAGUAAAAUUAGAGCUUAAAACUUUAGUAAAAAAAAAAAAAUAAAAAAAAAACCAAAAAACAAAAAAAAAAUAAGAAAUACAACAUCAAAAAUGAAACAAAUACCCGAUGCGGAUAUAAGUGAAAAAGCGAGAGUUGUAUUAGUGUUCGGUAAUUUCGCUUUGAAACUUCCGCAUUCGAACGAUUAAAUUAUCUUUGCACUAUGUGAAAAGCUUAGUUGUAAGUUUUACAAA